AUGCUGGACGGGCAGAUCAUCCUCGCGGUAAACACCACGGCGCAGAUCCACCAGUCUCUGUGCGACACUGCGCUCAACAGCAUGCCGGAUGCACGCGCAAAACGCGUUUUCCCCUCCACCGCAACCACGGCUUCCACACUCGCCAUCUCGUUGCUCAACCGGCCCGUGGCCAUUGAGAACCUGCACUACCACAACCGCCCGCCGUCGCCGCGCGACCUCGCGCCUUUCAACACGGCUUCCGCACUGGACGAGCGCCCGUCGUUGCCGUCGAUCGGCCUGACCAUCUCACGGCCAUCGUCGGCAACGUCCCAGUCCGGCGCGCAUCUCCCGCCGCCCCAGUCGCUGCACAGAGGGACCAGCCCGGGCAUCCAGUUGCCCGGCGUGUCAUCGUUGGCGUCGUUGGCGGGGUCGGCGACGUCGUCGCCGAGCAUUAGUAGCAGGCCCCCGAAUGCCGUUUCGCACAGCAUGACCUACGCCACGAGUGCCCCGGCCACGUCGGGCGGACAGAACCCGCCCAUCUGCCAGAACUGCACCACCAGCACCACUCCGCUCUGGCGACGCGAUGAGGUCGGCUCCGUGCUCUGCAACGCCUGCGGCCUGUUCCUGAAGCUGCACGGCCGCCCGCGUCCGAUAAGCCUCAAGACCGAUGUGAUCAAGAGCCGGAACCGCGUCAAGACGUCUGGCCAGGGCCCCAAGAAGAAGCAGCAGCAGCACGACAAUGGCCUCGACCAGGCCCGCGCCGCCGCCGGCACGCCGCCCGUCGACCAGCUCGCCAACCACCACCGCCGUGCGCCGAAGGUCUCGUCGGGUGCAUCAGAGCGCUCCACGUCGCCGCUGUCGCGCACCGGCACCCCCAACCUCGGCCAGCACCACCCCUCCAACAUUGCCCCGCAGCACAUGUUUGACGGUGUGACGCUCAACGGUCAUGAGUUCCACUCGCCCUCGCUUCCCUCGUUCAUGCCCCAUCGCCAGCCCUCUCCGUCGGCCUCGUCCGUAAACGGCUCGUCGCACCUGGAGCCGCCCAUGUCGUACGACGGCCUGGCCACGACGAAUACGGCGCUUAAGACGCGUGUCAGCGAGCUGGAGGUCAUAAACGACCUGUUCCGCGGUCGCGUCACGGAGCUGGAGCAGAGCGAGCAGCGCGCCCGUCAGGACGAGGCUCACGCCCGCGACCACGAGAAGCGCUUGCAGCAGGAUCUGGACGAGUCGCAUGCUCGCGAGGCUGAGCUGAAGCGCCGCGUCGAGGAACUCGAGGCCGAGCUAGCCGAGUACAGGGGUGACAGCCAUCGUCAGAAACGCAUGAGGCUGUCCGACUUGGUAGAGAGCCCGCCCGCAUCUACACCUCUAUCCACGCCCUCUCAAUCAAACUGA